AUGGACGAAAACGUUGUCAUCAGCCCACGCAAGCGUCGGCGACAGUCGAACCACGGACAACCGCCAACCGACGCUUGGCAGCGCCAGCUAGAGAAGCAGAAGCUCGACCAUCCCGCGCAGCCUCCGCCAUCGUUUUGGGAUAACCUCUCGGAGAUCCCGCUAACAAGAAGCGCAUUACGCGAGUUGGACAGAAGAAACCACGAGAGCGCCCGCCUAGCUGGCGGCUCGUCGCACAAGCCAGGCUGUCAUCCAGUUACGGGACGCCCUACCGAGGCAAAGCAGCGUCUCCACGCCGCCGACUGUCUUUCCCGCUGCACGCCGAAGUCCCUGGGACUUAUCAAGCGCAUUGCAAGACAGGGCGGCCCAGACCUUUCGGGCCUGAGAGGAUAUCCUGAGCCCAGCACCGCCCUUACGGAAGGGAUGAGCCAGUCUAGUCUCGGCCGUCGGAAGCAGGGCUCGGCAUCCCCUUUGAAGAAUAUGUCUGCGUCGAACACCGAGGGCACCAAGAGCACCAAGAACACCAAGAGAACCAAGAGCACCGGGCCAUAUGAUCGUGCCUUCCAGCAACAUCUUAUCGACCAUGGCAUCUACCCUGAUUUGUACCAAUAUCCAGAUGGACGAGCGACUCCACAGCCAGAGAACAUAGAGGAAAUCAGAGAGGUGCUGCGACAGCCAAGGCCAUCUCUGUCGCCUUCACGAUUCUCAGAGGACGAUUUCUUCCACUUCAGGCAAGCAGCUGCGCACGUUUCAAAAGAGAGGCAGGUCACCACCACAGUGAUCCCUAUAAUUGAAGGCAAUGUUGGGGACCGCAAGUGCGUUGCCGGACAAAUUCCCUUUACGAAUCUCGACCCUCUGACAGACGGCACCCUUGUGCCGGGGAAUCCGGACCUAUACUACGGUGCCCGGCCUGAGCAACUCGACAGAAAGAUACGGUCGGAGCUCGGCGGUUUCAUUGUUCCUUCAACCCAGCACGACCUCCCCGUUGCACCGAACUUCUCACUAGCUGUGAAGGGCCCAGAUGGAUCGAGUGCGGUGGCUGAGCGACAAGCGUGUUACGAUGGUGCUCUGCAAGCCAGGGGCAUGCAACGGCUGCUCUCCUAUGGGGAACCAUCCCCGGUCUACGACAAUAGAGCUCAUGCCGUCACGUGUACUUAUCUGGACGGGCAAAUCAAAAUGUACACUAGCCAUCCGGUACCAUCAUCAAAUCCCCGAGCGAAGAGCGAAUACGUGAUGACGCAGAUCAAUGCAUACGCUCUCACGGGUAACCGCGAUUCAUUUCGUCAAGGGGUCGCAGCCUACCGCAAUGCAAGGGAUUGGGCAAAGCAGCAGAGAGAUGAGGCGAUCACGCAAGCCAACAAUGAGGUCACCGACUCUACGAUUGCUACCUCUGCAUCAGAGAACAACCCGGCCUUGAGCUUCGAGACCGAUAUAUCGGUCGCCGAAACGAUGACGGGAGAUGCGAGUCAAGGCGCUUCAACACCGCGAAACAACGCACCGUCUCAUGACCCCGAUUCUGACACCUCUGCGGAUGAUUUGUCGAUGGAUUUUGUGUCCAAGCGGGCCAAGAUCCAAUCAACGACAAAGGAAAGCAAAUAG